AUGGCUACGAAGAAGAGAGACGAUUUAUUACCAAUCCUUCCGUACGAUCUGAUGAUGGAUAUAUUGUCAAGGCUGUCCGUGGAGUGUAUUGUAAGGUUUAAGUGUGUAUCCAAGCCUUGGCGCACCAUGUUCGCAGAUCCUCAAUUUGUCAAGCUUCACCUCACUAGAUCCACCAACUUCAAACUCGUCUUCACAUCUUCGUUCCACUCUCUGGAUCCAAUGAGGAGUCUCUUCGUGUUGUCUUGCGGCGACAUGGUUGAUGCUGCGUCUGCGUGGGAUGAUGGAGAAGUGGGAGGAAUUCACAUCUCGGAUCCUCAGGAGACUGUCCGGAUCUCCAGCUCAUGUCGUGGCUUGGUGUUAUGUGAUACAUGUCAUGGUAUAUACCUGGUGAAUCCGUCAACCAAAGAAGUGAUUAGAUUGCCAUACUCACCAUUUAGCAAAACUCAUUAUGCAUCCCGGGGACUUGGUUAUGAUGCAUCCCUUGACGAUUACAAAGUUGUUCAAAUCUCGCCCCCUUCUCCUAAUGAUGGUGGUGAAAUUAUCACCAGUUUAUAUUCUCUAAAGUCAAAUUCCUGGAGAAAGAUUCAAGAAUUUCCUUACUGGAUUAAAUUCUCCCAUUCAGGGGUGUUUCUGAAUGGAAAUCUCCACUGGUUCAAUUACGAUAGGAAAAAAAUGGUUUCUUUCAGUUUAGCUGAUGAAAAAUAUGGGGAUGUUCCAUUACCUGAUGUUAAUAAUAUAUUAGAAACAUCAUUAAUUAAUCCUGGUUUGAUCGGAGUUGUGGGAGGGUGUCUUUAUUUCGUAUCAAAAACUAACUGGCGUGGCAUCACUUUUUGGGUGAUGAAGGAAUACAACGUGAGAGAGUCGUGGACUAAAUUUAAGUUUGACAUCCCAUGUUGUUCCAUGAAGCCUUUGGAUUUCUCAAACAAUGACGAAAAUUUAUUUGCACUUGACGGAGACAAGUUUGUUAUGUGCAACCUAAAAGAGAGAACACACAGGCACUUGGAGUUUGACACUACUCCCCACUUUUGGAAUGAAACAGUAACUUGUUUGGAGACCCUUGUUUCACCCAAGGGUUACUAUAUUCCUAUGUAG